UUGGCUCUAGGCAGGUGUGCUCAGGAGGCUGGGGCCCAGGCCACCUGGCAGCCCCAGGUGCUGUGUGUGUGCUGCCAUGGAGACAGCCCCGGGCUUGGUUGCGAGAAAGAAGGAGGUUUCCCAAAGCGUGGAAGAUUCCGGAGAGGGAGAAGCAGGAGCCCCAGGCCUUCAGAGCAGUCUGCCGGGCUACCCCAGAGCCCCUGGAAGUCCAGGACACGCCCCGCCACCGAACUGCCGCCUGAGCAUGGUGGAGCAGCAGGGCCGCCAGCUGGAGGCCGAGUGCCCUGUGUGCUGGAACUCCUUCAAUAACACCUUCCACACCCCCAAGGUGCUGGACUGCUGCCACUCCUUCUGCCUCGAAUGCCUGGCCCACCUCAGCCUGGUGACCCCAGCCCAGCGCCGCCUGCUCUGCCCACUCUGUCGUCAGCCCACUGUGCUGGCCUCAGGGCAGCCCGUUACUGACUUGCCCACGGACACUGCCCUGCUAACCCUGCUUCGCCUGGAGCCCCACCACGUCAUCCUGGAGGGCCGGCAGCUCUGUCUCAAGGACCAGCCCAAGAACCGCUACUUCCUGCGCCAGCCUCGGAUUUACACACUGGACCUGGGCCCUGAGCCUGGCAGCCAGACUGAACCCUCCCAUGAUGUGACCCCUGCCACAAUGCCGUUGCCCAGCUCGCGUCCCAGCCGUUUGUCGCUGCGAGAGUGCUUCCGCAACCCUCAGCUGCGCCUGUUUGCCUACCUGCUGGCUGUCAUCCUCAGUGUCACCCUGCUGCUCAUCUUCUCCAUCUUUUGGACCAAGCAGUUCCUGUGGGGUGUGGGCUGAACCCUGU